CUCCAAAGAACUCGCUCGUCGUGACGACGUGCGUCUACCCGUCAACGACGGCGGGUAAUCGGAGUUCUUGUGCAUGUGGGAGCGGAUCGGGUCAAUUCAUGUCCAAUUCGGAUUCUAAUCGGGUCGGAUGUUUAUAAUUGAACGAUGGAUCCGAGUUAUGUUGCACGUGACCGACAGCGUGGAGGGAAGGAACUCGAGUCUGAUCUUGUCAAUCCAACAUCCAAUUCGGAUCCUAAUCGGGUCGGAUGUCGUAAUCCCUAAUAAUUGUCCUAUCGGAACCAUCUACGCACCAAAGCGUCGAUACCCAGUUUCUCACCGUCUGGUUGUGUGGCUAAUAAUCGACACGAAAUGAGCACGCCAGCAUAUAUUUGGUGUGUCCUACGCAUCCGAAACCUCCCCUCCCAAUCGGUGCUCCUCUCGCCUUCUCUCUCUCUCUCUCUCUCUCUCUCUCUCUCUCUCUCUCGAUCGAUCGAUCGAUCGACCGAAGGCAACCUUGAGGCAGAGGAAUGCAGGACUGAGGACACGAGUGUUUGACACCCCAGGCACAGAGUUGGUUAAGUAUUUUGCUGAAUGCUUUAGUUUCAUCGAUGAAGCUAGAAGUGCAGGUGGUGGCGUGUUGGUUCAUUGCUUUGCAGGAAUGUCAAGAAGUGAAUCAAGGCACAGAGUUCUAAGUUGAUCCAAAAGUCAACCUUUGGAGGAUUUCUUGUACAUGUCUUUUGGAGAAUACGAGCAUGCGAUGGAAGGACUAUUGGGACUUAAAUGCCAACACCUCAGGUUCUUCACCAAGGCCUAACUAGGUUGGAUGUAUUAUUCUUUUCUACAAACAAAUUGCUCACAUGUACUUGUCAUAUUAUUGUAAUAUACUUGCUUUGAUCGCAUGACACAGCAGAAAUCCCUCUUCUAAAGUGACAUUAUGUAUGUAAAAAAAAUGUGUUCUUUUCCAAGUUGAAAUGAUACGCUCAGCAAAUGUUGUGUGAAAAAGCAAAAAUGUUCACCAUAUUGUUGUUAUCAUAGUCACCUUUGCCAGAAGUUUGUGAUGGUAGAAGACUCCUAAACGCAUCUCCUUUACUGCUGUCAUGAUAAAUAGUUUUAGAUUAUUAUUGGUGCUAUUCGAACCCUAAUCGGAGUUGGUUAUGUUGCAAGCUGGGAUGAUAAAAUUGCAUUCUUGUCAUAAUCACAACUAGGAAUGAAGCAGCAUAAAUUGGAUGCAGAGCCUAAAAAAGCCUGAUAGCAGGAGGAUUUUUAGGUAAAACCUAUGCUCCAUCACAGUUGGCAUGAAUCCAGUGCAGGCCAUGCGUCCAUGGAGGCAUGAGUCGGUGGAAGGAAGGAGGGAGGGGGGUUCACGGCAGAAGCGCUUGCUUGUUUAGGGUUGGGAGAAACCCGUGAGAGCGUGAAUGUGGAGUGAAUGCCACGGAAUGAAUCAUCAUCGUCUUCCUCGCGACUGAAGUGACUCACUUCUCCCUUCCUCCUUAUCAAUGAAGCCGGUCCAAGUUUGUGAUCAGCGAGUGCAGUCAAACCCACCCCUUCUCGUGCGUGCGUGCGUGCGUGCGUGCGUGCUGUGGUGGCCACUCGGAGUAGUAGCUGCCACUCCGCUCACGAGGGCGCAGCCACGCCAUUGAAUGCCCCCUCGAGGGUUUCAGCUGCAGCUCCCCUCCCUCCCUCCCUCCCUCCGCAGCCAUGUCCCACAUCGCCGUCGAAAGGAACAGGAGAAGGCAGAUGAACGAGCAUCUCAAGGUCCUGCGCACCCUCACCCCUUCCUUCUACAUCAAGAGGGGAGACCAAGCAUCCAUUAUCGGAGGAGCCAUAGAGUUCAUCAAGGAGCUGCAGCAGGUCCUGCACUCCCUGGAGGCCAAGAAGAAGCGUAAGAGCUUGAGCCCCAGCCCCACUCCGAGCCCACGGCCGCUUCUCCAGCUGACACCAUCACCGACGUCCAGCAGCCCCGACACGGUCAAGGAGCUCGGCGCCUGCUGCAACUCCCCCGUCGCGGAUGUCGAGGCCAAGCUUUCCGGCUCCAACGUGCUUCUGAGGACGCUCUCCAAGCGCAUCCCGGGUCAGGUGGUCAAGAUCAUCACCGUCCUCGAGAGGCAGGCGUUCGAAAUCCUCCACCUCAACAUCAGCAGCAUGGAAGACACCGUGCUCUACUCCUUCGUCAUCAAGAUUGGACUCGAAUGCCAACUGAGUGUGGAAGAGCUUGCGUUAGAGGUCCAAAGGAGCUUUUGCGAAGAGAUUGGGUACCCAAGAAGCUUACGUGAAUAGUAGUGUAUGAGGUAGUGAUCAAUGAUAAGUAAUCAUAUAUCUUUCACAUAUAAAUGCUAAGCAAAUAGAAUUCCAUUAGUGUUCUUAAUCUCAUCCAUUGAGUUAUGAGUGAGACAUAGAAUAGAAAUCACAUCGAAAGGAUCAACUUUUCCUAUUAAUUCUUAA